AUGGGUUUCUUUGAGAAAGAAAAUCUAUCAAAAACGCCUAUUCCAAUUAAUCCUUAUUGGGGUGAUUUAAUUACAAAGUAUACCUUUAAUCAUGAUACAGAAGACUUACAUGAGAGCGUGCAUAAAAUUAAAGAAUUAAUUGAUAAUCCCGAGGCAACUUGGGAGCGACAAUGUCAAUAUUUAAAAGGCAUUCGCAAAUGCUUAUCAUUGGUAAAAGAAAAAUCUUUGCCUUCGAAAAAAACUAAACGGGUGACAAAUUUAACGAGUUCCCCAUUGCCUUCUCAUUACUUACGACAAUUAAAAGAAAUCGUUGAACCAAUAAUAUUCGAAGUAUAUUUUGUUUCUUCAGAACAAAUAACAAAAAGGCAUUGCAUUCCAAUAUUAGAAUCAUGUCAUAUGGUUUCUUCAACACAAGUACCUGAUGGAAACAAUGGGAAUAAUGGGGAUGUAACGUUUAUUAAAGAAUAUUCAAAAUAUAUUACAAAUCAAUAUUACACAACGCAAUCGUUUAAUCAGAAGGCAAUGACAGUUUACUUGACAUUGGAGUUUCCAAUAGGAUUUUCGGUUGUCAGAGAAAGUUUAUUUCAUACUAUUUACUUCUUUGUAGAUUGUUUGAUGCAGAUUAUUCAAUAUGUUAGCGUGGAAGCGAGUGAACAAAACAAGUCAACAUCAUUAAAUGGAUGUACUUCAAUUAAAUUUUCACAAUAUAUGAAUGAUGCUCUACAAGUAACAAAAAUACUGGUAACCUUAUUAUCUAGAUUUAAUGAAAAUUUGAGACCAAAAUUCGAAAGUUUCAUAGAAAGAUCUGAAAACUAUGAUAACUCAGAUGUUUUGAAAACUAAAUUUAUCAUUUAUAACUUAUUUAAAGGAAGUUUGAUUAUAUGUUCUAAUAACCUUUAUGUAAAAGAUGUUAGACAAUUGGCUGGGAUGAUGUUAGCUGCAACAUUUAAUCUAUCAGGAUCACCAAGCUUUGUGAGUGAGCAAAUAUUGGAGUUCUAUAAAAUUCCUUAUUCACCCGGGAAUUAUUUCUUAAAACGAUGGGAAAUUCAAGUAUCUAAUUCAUUGAUAGGGGAAUUGGGAUGGACUGGUGAGGAACCUUUAAUGUUGAGUGUGAGUCGAGGCUUUUUAUCUAAUUUAUCAAGAGAAACAUUAAUGCAUCCAAUAUCCUGGAAUAACAAGACAGCAACUUCUGCUUUAAGCAUAAUAUAUUUUUGUGAUAAUGCACUUAAUUCUCAGACAAAAGUCUUAGCCUUUGAGACAAUUGGUAUUUGGCUUCAAACAACAGAAAAUAUAUUAAAGGACUCUGAUGUCAAUUUUCGGCAUAUAACAGAAAUUACAUCAAUAAUAAGUUUAAAUAUUUUAGAAAAAUUAAUUUCUUUCGUUUGGAUUAAUUGGGAUGAUCCCGUUGAUGCUAUUCAAUAUAAGUGUUAUCACGAAAAUUCCGUUGAAUUAUAUAAACAAUUUCAAAUGGAUUUAAUAAAAAAUUUACUUUCAAUGGAUCCAUAUCGCAAAAUAAAGUAUGCACUAUUAAUCUUGUUGCUUCCUAAGAUUGAGUCAAAAAUCAUUCUAGAAAUGCAGAAUGAUUUUGUUAGUUGCACAUUGGAAGUACUUCACAAUUUUACGAUUGCCCCUAGAGCUUCGCAACUUUUACUUCUGUUCUUUGAACAAUCUUUAAAGGAAAUUUUGAAAUCAUCUGUUCAUUGUUAUGAUAGAAUAAUUGAUGAACAACGUCUUUCAUCAUAUGACGGCACCUUGAGAAAGAAUAUAGGAGAAUUCAUUUUAAAAACGGUGUUUAAAUUUGAAUCUAUAUCUUUCUGGCGAAUAUUGUCUAUAUUACAAAAUGAUAAUAUUUCUGAUGGCUUUAUUAAAGAUCAUCGAUAUAAAUUACAUGCUUUAAUAAUGGUGAUUAAAAUCGCCAAGUCUUUAGAUUUAAUAAGCGGAAGCAUGUUUAUUGAAGUAGAUUCUUCUGGAGAUGAAGAUGUUAAAAAGAUUCAUUUGCAACAUCUUCGUGAUGCAAUAAAUCAUUUCGAUUCAAAUAUUCGUAUUGAUUUGUUUGGACUUAUUUGUGAAUCAAAAAGGUCAACAACAGAAGUAACUUCAAUCGAAUUUUCACUUCUUAAAACCUUUUUAAAAAUUGCACAAGCCAAUUCUGAUGCUAUCAUACUUAAGGGAAAGAUAGAAAAUGCUCAAGAAUUUUUAAAUUGGCUUAUUGAAUUAUUGUCUGCUUCAUUAUUCCCUGGUGCAUCAUUUCAGCGGGUAUCAAGUGCAUUAAAUUUAUUUGUUUUAUUAAUAAAAAUAUUUGGUAUCGAAGACACACCUCUUCCUAAAGGAUUUGUGGAGAAACAUAAUAGUUCAAAUUUUCCUUUUAGACUUCCGUUAGCAACUCCAAGGAAUUCAAAAUUGAUAUUAUACUGUUUGAUGAAUCGUUUUGACGAAAAUCGAAUUCUUGCUUAUGAAAUAUUAGAAAUGUUUCCUUCUCCAUUACCGGGAAUUAUUUUACUUGAUGAAGUUCAAAGAAUUUUAUUUUGGGCGUUGAAUUCAAUGACAAGUACUAGAGCAGGGGAAAGUGAUAGUGGAGCCAUGAUAUUUAGAAUAAUAUUUUCAAAAUAUGUAGUCAAAUUAAAAUAUGAAUUAAAUGUUGAAGAUGAAUCUAAUAAUUUAUUGUCUGAUUCUGAAGAAAAAGAUCCACCAUCGAUUUUGUUUACAAAAAAAUUAUUAUCACUUUUAAAUAAGCAAAUCAAAAUAGCUUCUGAAAAUCUUUUAUUGGCUUCACAAAAAUAUCCAAUGCAUGGAACAUUCCUUGCAUUACAAUAUAUUUUUCGAGAAUUAGAUCAUAAUUAUGAUAUAAUGAAAUCCAAUUUAAAUGAAUGGCGUCAAAUUUAUGAUCGCACAAUUAAUUUGACUGAAGAAGCUUGCUUAAUUGUAUUAGAAAUUUUAUCUAAUCCAUCACCUGAAGGAAAUGUUCCUGCAUCAUUUCAAGAAAUGGAAGAAAUAAUUGAUGAAUUGAUUUUGAACAUGGAAAGUAAUAAUAAUUAUAGUGAAGAAGGAGGACCCAAACAUCAAGAAGCAAUUUGUGAUAUUGAUCAAAUUCGUAAAGUUGGAGAUUUAUUUCGAACAUUACUGACUUCUAUUAGACAUAGAGGAGCCUUUUCUGCAGUGUACCCAGGUUAUAUUUCCAUAUGUUCACGACUGUUAAAUACCCAACGUACUCAAUUCACUGAAUUACCUAAAAUAUGGCUUAAAGAAAACAUUGAUAGCAUUAAGCUAAAUUCCAUAUCAAUAACACGAAGGAGUGCAGGCUUACCUCUUUGUAUAUUAGCAAUUGUUAGUAGUGAACCUAACAAUCAUAAAGUACUUCUUCCUUGGACCAUGAAAACUUUAUUUGAAAUUGGAUCCGAAGAAGUGCCAUCCAAUGAUAUUGAACAAACUGUUGAUUUACCUCAAGUUCAUGCAUUUAAUAUAUUACGAACAAUAUUUAUGAACGCAAUAUUGGGAAAAGAUAUUUUAUCUUAUGUGUCUGAUGGAUUUGUUCUGGCUAUUAAAGGAUUUUCUUCAUUAAGUUGGGCAAUAAGAAAUUGUUCCGUCAUGUUAUUUUCCGCUUUACUUCAACGAACUUUUGGAACAAAAAAGACCAAAGAUGAGCAUCACUCGAUAAAUAAGUUAACAGGACGUGAAUUCUUUUCAAGAUAUCCCGCAUUACAUAGUUUUUUAUUAGGUGAAUUAAAAGUUGCAGUGGAUCAACUUAUAAAUAAGUUCAAUCGAUCAGAGGUUCACCCUGGUUUAUAUCCUAUUCUUACUUUGUUGUCACGGCUUCAUCCAUCAUUAAUGGAGAGUACAACAGUAUUAAACAUGGUUCCCUUUGUACCUCUUGUCAUGUCAUGUUCAUCUUCACCUAUUUAUAAGACACGAGAAAUGGCAGCUAGAUCAUUGGUUCCAUUAAUAGCAUCACAGGAUCUUAUAAAAACUUGUUCAGAUUUAUCAAAAUCAUGUGAAAUUAGCAAUCAAAACGAACUACAUGGACGUUUAAUGCAAAUAAAAUUUUUAAUGAAUGGUCAUCUCGCAAGUAAUGUUGCAGGAUUUGAUGUGAUGAAAGAACAACUUUUAUGCAAAAAUACCUGUGAAAUAACGCGACAUUUGUUUCUGGAAAUAUUGUAUGAAUUCAUUUUCAAUGCAAAUUGGAUCUCUGGAGAACAAAAUGAAGCUAAUCAGAAAUUCUUGUUAAGAUUAAUGGAGGAACAUUUCGCGAAAAUUCGACAAACAGUAUUUGAUAUUUCAUUUGUCGAACUUUUUGAUAAAAAUUUACAAAGAAUUAAUAAAAAUAAUCUUAGAAUUGGAUCAUAUCUUGUUCGUCAACAAAUGACCAAAGUUAUUAUUAAAUCACUCAUUAAUCAUGAAUCAACUGAAUUUAGUAAUAGAAAAAUUUUGGAAAUAUUGAAUGAAGAAGAAUAUGAAAUACGUUUGGAAGAUUUUUGGAAAAAACUUUAUAAUUAUAUAGAAAGUUCUAAAAGUCUAUCGAUUACUGUAACUGCAUUACCAUUAUUAGAUCUUAAAUCUAUUUGGUUAGAGCAAUGGACCAAAAACAUAGAAAAAAACACAGUGCCAGAAAUUACUCUUACAUUACGUGAAGCAGCAACAAAAUCUUUACAAUUUUUCUGUUGUCAUCUAUUUAAAGACAAAAGAUUUACCGAGAGUUCAGACAUUCAUCACGCAAAAAUAUUAUAUUUAGUUCUUGCACGUCUUGCUCAGGAUGACGAUAUUGACAUCCGUAGAUCAAUAGCUUUGAUGAUUUCAAAAGUCAGUGAAUUAAAGUUUUCGGUUGAUUGCGAUUAUGUACGUGAAUUAUGUUAUAAUCAAAUAAUCAAACAACAUUCAAAUUCAUCACAAAUGUAUUUUGAUUUAUUUAAAAUUCUAUUGGUUAACGAGAAAAUAGACGAAAUUUUCAGAGCUGAGAUUAAUUCAUCUAGAGUGCUUUUUGAAAUAGAAAAUCCAAAUAUUUUUAAAGAAGAUCUAGUGGAUGUUCAAUUGACAUUUAAAAGUUUACAGAAUAUUGCAAUAAAAGAAAAUAUGGGAGAAAAUGUAGAAGAAAAUAUAAAAGCGAAUGAUAUUAUUGAACAAUUCCAUAUGAUUUGUGAAAUAUUAAAAUCUCACGAUAUAAAGGAUAAAAAUAAUGAUCCAGGUCCAUUAGGAUUUACUUCUCAUCCUAAAAUGUUUCUUAUUGUAUUUAAAAUAAUUGCAUCAUUAUUAUUAAUGAAAGGAUUAGUAAGAGAUAAAGCCAAAUUUACUAAAGGUUAA